CCCCCGACCGGGGCCCUCGGGGCGGCGGGCGAGUCCCCUCAGUGCCCGCUGCCACCGGGGAGCGAGGGCGCAGUUGCGCCAGUGGAGCCCGACGGGGCGGCGGAGGGCCCUGCAGGCGGCGGCGAGGGCAGCGGUGGGGGCGGGCCACGGCGGGCUCUGCGGGCAGUAUACGUGCGCAGUGAGAGCUCCCAGGGUGGCGCGGCUGGCGGCCCCGAGGCGGGGGCGCGGCAGUGCCUGCUGCGGGCCUGCGAGGUCGAGGGCGCUCACCUCACCUCUGUGCCCUUCGGGGAGCUCGACUUCGGAGAGACGGAGGUACUCGACGCCUUCUACGACGCAGAUGUUGCCGUGGUGGACAUGAGUGAUGUCUCCAGACAACCUUCCCUCUUCUACCAUCUUGGAGUUCGAGAAAGCUUUGACAUGGCCAAUAAUGUGAUCUUGUACCACGACACUGAUGCCGACACUGCUCUCUCAUUGAAGGAUAUGGUAACUCAAAAAAACACAGCAUCUAGUGGAAAUUAUUAUUUCAUCCCCUACAUCAUGACGCCAUGUGCUGAUUAUUUUUGCUGUGAGAGUGACGCUCAGAGGCGAGCCUCAGAGUACAUGCAGCCCAACUGGGACACCAUCCUGGGUCCACUGUGCGUGCCUCUGGUGGACAGGUUCAUUAGCCUCCUCAAGGACAUCCACGUGACCUCAUGUGCUUUUUACAAAGAAACCUUGUUAAAUGACAUCCGGAAAGCCAGAGAGAAAUACCAGGGUGAGGAACUGGCAAAGGAACUGGCUCGGAUCAAACUCCGCAUGGAUAAUACUGAAGUGCUGACCCCAGACAUUAUCAUUAAUUUACUCCUGUCCUAUCGUGAUAUCCAGGACUAUGAUGCGAUGGUGAAGCUGGUAGAAACAUUGGAGAUGCUGCCUACAUGUGAUUUGGCUGAUCAGCAUAAUAUUAAAUUCCACUAUGCGUUUGCACUGAAUAGGAGAAACAGCACAGGUGACCGUGGGAAGGCUCUUCAGGUCAUGCUCCAGGUCCUGCAGAGCUGUGAUCAUCCAGCCCCUGAUAUGUUCUGCCUAUGUGGGAGGAUCUACAAGGACAUCUUCUUGGAUUCAGACUGCAAAGAUGACUCCAGCCGAGACAGCGCCAUUGAGUGGUAUCGCAAAGGGUUUGAACUCCAGUCAUCUCUGUAUUCGGGAAUUAACCUUGCAGUUUUGCUGAUAGUCGCUGGACAGCAAUUUGAAACUUCCAUGGAGCUAAGGAAAAUAGGUGUCCGACUAAACAGUUUGUUGGGAAGAAAAGGGAGCUUGGAGAAAAUGAACAAUUACUGGGAUGUGGGUCAGUUCUUCAACGUCAGCAUGUUGGCCAACGAUGUCGGGAAGGCUGUCCAGGCAGCAGAGAGGUUAUUCAAACUGAAACCUCCAGUCUGGUACCUACGAUCAUUAGUUCAGAACUUGUUAUUAAUUCGGCGCUUCAAGAAACCCAUUAUUGAACAUUCACCCAGGCAAGAACGGCUUAACUUCUGGUUAGAUAUAAUUUUUGAGGCAACAAAUGAAGUUUCUAAUGGACUCAGAUUUCCGGUUCUGGUGAUAGAGCCAACCAAAGUCUACCAGCCUUCUUAUGUUUCCAUAAACAAUGAAGCCGAGGAAAGAACCGUCUCUUUAUGGCAUGUCUCACCCACAGAAAUGAAACAAAUCCAUGAAUGGAAUUUUACAGCCUCUUCCAUAAAGGGAAUAAGCCUAUCCAAGUUUGAUGAGCGAUGCUGUUUUCUUUAUGUCCAUGAUAAUUCUGAUGACUUUCAAAUCUACUUUUCCACUGAAGACCAGUGUGGUAGGUUUUGCUCUUUGGUCAAAGAGAUGAUAACCAAUUCAGUGGGCAGUACAGUAGAACUGGAGGGAGAGAUCGAUGGAGACACCUUAGAG